AAGCUGAGUGUAUAGUGUACUAACAAGGCGGUGCCAGCUGUAGUACAUUCUCGGCUGAUAAAAUGGGGUUUUACUGUAUUGUUUUGGGACAUUAGUUAUGCGUAUCUCAAGGAUCAGGAGUUGCAGAAAAUGAGAGGUGGCGGCCCUGUUGAAUUGAUUUACCAACGCCUUAUACCUUUUUAUUCAUUCGGGGCACUGUCAUAUCAAGUCACCCGCUGACAAAUGUAGGGAGCAGACUGAAAGAAUCACACAAUGGAGAGAGAGAUAACAAUCUAUCCUAUAGGUCAUAUAUCACACCAAAGCAUAUUUAUUUUCAUUUCUGACGCCUUGUUCAGUCACCCGAGGUGUCAGUAAGAUUUAUAUUCCCGUUUCAAAUUCAACAUUCACAGAUUCUUAAGUUAAACCACUUAAAUUAAUUGUGAUAUUUGUCAUGAACUGCUAAAGAUUUUAAAGGUAUUGGACGUCAGGGUGGAUGCAACGCGUGGCCACACCUUCAGAGUCAAGAGCAAGAGUUUAUUCUUCUAUGCACUCAGUGUAAGAACAACUGCGGAGAAAAGAAGGUGUUCGAGGUUUGACGUACGACCUUUAAGGUGAAAACAGAACAUGACCGACUGAGUUGAACAUUUGAGUUUUUAAGGUGAGUACCAAAAAGUCUGAAAUAGGUAAUGAUUGUUUUUCUGUAUUUUAAAUAUCCACAGAGCAGUGAGUCUUGGGUUCGAUUCCCAGGGGAACCACAUACUUGGCGCCUCCAGGGGCCGCAUGUUGCAGCAAAUCUGCUGUUAACCAUAUGUGGGAUCAAUAAAGUUCAAUAAUAAUAAUAAUAAUUUAUGUUAUUCCAGUCUUGCAGGUAAGAAGAAAUUCAGCAAAGCAUGGAUUGGAAUUUCCUUCAAGGUCUACUCAGUGGAGUCAACAAGUACUCCACGGCCUUUGGACGCAUCUGGCUCUCUGUGGUGUUCGUGUUUCGAUUCCUGGUCUACGUUGUGGCUGCUGAGCGGGUGUGGAGCGAUGACCAAGGGAACUUCGACUGCAACACACGACAACCCGGUUGCACCAACAUCUGCUACGAUUACUUCUUCCCCAUCUCCCACAUCAGGCUGUGGGCCCUACAGCUCAUCUUCGUCACCUGCCCUUCAUUCAUGGUCGUGCUACACGUAGCCUACAGGCAAGAGCGGGAGCGCAAAUACAAGGCAAAGCAUGGUGAGAAGUCCUGCCUGUAUAAAAACCCCGGCCAAAAACACGGUGGUCUCUGGUGGACUUAUCUGAUGAGCCUGUUUGUCAAAACAACCUUCGAGGUCCUGUUUCUCUACGUGCUUCACUACAUCUAUGACAGUUUCAAGCUGCCCAGGAAAGUCCAGUGUGACGUAAGCCCCUGUCCUAAUUUGGUGAACUGCUACGUUUCGCGACCCACCGAGAAAACCGUUUUCACAUACUUCAUGGUAGGGGCUUCUGCUAUAUGUAUUGUGCUUAACAUCUGUGAGAUAUUGUACCUGAUUGCAUCUCGUGUGGCAAAUCUCAAACACCAGGGCAGCGUGCACACCUCGUCCAGGAAGACCCACGCUGACCUGAACUAUGAGGGAUGCAAGUCUUCUCUUCCCUUUUAACUACAUUCUCAGCUCUAUCUAGUCCUGUCAAAAUGUCAUAUAUAUGCCACAUAUUUUACCCAUCUUCUGUUAUUCCAUA